CUCUCUGUUUCUAUACAUAGUCCUCCUCCCUCCUCUUUUCCCAAUCAUAUAAUCUUUCUUCAGUUACCCUUGUUUCGGCAUCCUCGGCGCACGUCAGCUUGCACAACCGCUACUGCUAUUAAAUAGACAGGCGCGUACAAACAUUUCCGUUUUUGUUUGGCGCUACUUGGUGAUUGUUUGAGACGAUGGCCACAGGUAAUAGGGUGGAUCUGGAUGGGAGGCCGAUAAAGCCGAUCACAAUAUGCAUGAUCGGGGCCGGAGGUUUCAUAGGCUCUCACCUAUGCGAGAAGUUGUUGUUAGAGACGCCACACAAGAUCCUCGCUCUUGAUGUCUACAAUGACAAGAUUAAGCACCUCCUCGAGCCGGCCUCACUUCCCUGGGCUGACCGGAUCCAGUUCCAUCGCCUCAAUAUCAAGCAUGAUUCGCGCCUUGAAGGCCUCAUCAAGAUGGCGGAUCUGACGAUAAAUCUGGCGGCUAUUUGUACUCCGGCCGAUUAUAAUACGCGUCCGUUGGACACGAUUUACAGCAAUUUUAUUGAUGCUCUCCCAGUGGUGAAGUACUGUUCGGAGAAUAACAAGCGUUUAAUUCACUUCUCGACAUGCGAGGUGUAUGGUAAAACGAUUGGGAGCUUUCUUCCUAAAGAUAGCCCUCUUCGUCAGGAUCCUGCCUACUACAUUCUUAAAGAAGAUACGUCCCCUUGCAUUUUCGGACCCAUUGAGAAGCAGAGAUGGUCCUAUGCAUGUGCAAAGCAAUUGAUUGAGAGGCUGAUAUAUGCUGAGGGUGCCGAAAAUGGCCUUGAGUUCACCAUUGUGAGACCUUUCAACUGGAUUGGUCCUAGAAUGGACUUCAUUCCUGGCAUUGAUGGCCCAAGUGAGGGUGUUCCAAGAGUUCUGGCAUGCUUUAGCAAUGCUCUUUUACGCAGUGAGCCGCUCAAGCUUGUUGAUGGUGGUCAGUCUCAGAGAUCUUUCGUUUAUAUCAAGGAUGCAAUUGAAGCUGUUCUGUUGAUGAUUGAAAAUCCUCACAGGGCUAAUGGUCACAUUUUUAACGUGGGAAAUCCAUACAAUGAAGUUACUGUUAAGCAGCUUGCUGAAAUGAUGACAAAAGUUUAUUCAGAGGUAAGUGGAGAACCUGCUCUGGAGGCGCCAACAGUUGAUGUCUCCUCCAAGGAAUUUUAUGGUGAGGGAUAUGACGAUAGUGACAAGAGAGUUCCAGACAUGACCAUAAUCAAUAGACAGCUUGGAUGGAACCCCAAGACAUCACUGUGGGACUUGCUUGAAUCAACCCUCACUUAUCAACACAAGACAUAUGCCGAGGCAGUUAAGAAGACCAUUGCAAAACCUACAUCCAGCUGAGGAAACACUUGAGAAUGGAACUUCUUGGUUAGGCUGUUUGUUAGCACGAGUUCCAAUUCUUUUAAGGGAAUUUUAAAUAUCUGUUAGUGGUUUGUUUCAUAUGAGCUACAUUUUUUCCCCCUUUUUUUUGGUCUUUCCAGUGUCAAUAGUGAGUGGCUCGCAGUUGCUUAGGUAUCCUGCAUUUUAAAUAUUACUCUUUGGAAGGAUUAAUAGUAUCUUAAAAGUGUAUUUUGUUGCUGUAAGUCUUAUUGUGAGCUUGGGCUACAACAUAAUGGGAGCAUUAUACAAAGUUCAUUCUGUUUCUUCAGAGGUGUGAUUGGCAUUCCUCUGUUUUGUUUCUCCGGGGAUGUGUUGUAUUAAUUUGUUGACCCUGGGAUGCCCUUAUUAAAUUAUUAUUUCCUUUUUUCUAA